AAAAUUCUUGCACGUUGAUUAAUUUACGUUUCUUAAUUAUUUAUUAUGUAUUAAUAAAACAUAGAUUAAAGAACAAAAUAAAUAAAUCAUAAAUCUAGCCUGAGGCAUUGUUCCCAGGACGCUGGCCGCGUUUCCCCUCUGCACAGUGAGGCUGAGUUUUUGUGCAAGAAAUGCGCCAGUGCGUAGGUCGCCAGACACCCAGAUUAGUUUAGUAAUUAAUUAUUAAUAUCACCUAACAUAAUAAGAAUCCUGAAUAAUAGGUAUCCUGUGGAGAAACAGGAGAGGGAAAGAUACAGAGUGUAAUCAAGUGACAUACCUAUAGUUCGUUUUUUUUAGCAUUAGAAAAAACUCCACAGAAGCAAGCGUGCAGUUUUUAUCUUGGUCUUUAAUUGUUAAUAAUUAUUGAAUUAUCUAAUGUAGCAUGGUCAAUACAUGUAAUUUACUUCAAAUUAUUACCGCUAAAAGUGCCGGAUUUGGAACCACAAGCUUACUUCUGCGAAGUUCUUUCUAAUGCCAAAAAAAAUUAACUAUAAGUACACUAUUUUAUCCUUCGAUAGCUUAUUCUACACAUUACCUAGGCACUACAUACGAUACAUGAAUUAUACAGAUUGCCGGUAACAUAUAUGUAUCAGAGAGGAUAUAGGUAUUAUAUAUGUCUCUGUAUGUAUAUAUUACACUAUCUAUCCCACUAAUUGAUAUUGCUACUGAUAUCGUAUCAAAACUGAUCUUCACAUGUACCUACCGUUUUGGAUUUAUACAGGUUGUUUUUUUAAUAGGUAAUUAAAUUAAAGAUCAUUUUUGUGACGAAUCCAGAGGAAAAAUGACUAACAGUCCAGUCAGUCUUUUGGGUAAAGAGUAAUAAUAGUGAAUUAGCACUAUUUCAAUAAUGUUCAGUGUUAGUUAUAUUACAUAUUAAUACGCAGUGUUGGCCGAACGUUAGUUGCAAUUGACAAUUAACCAGUACAAAUUGAACCGUAGACGGUAACGGACGGUUACAGUUGACGGUCCAAUUUGUACUGGUUAAUGGUCAAGAAUAUUCAAUUGCAUUAACGUUUCGGCCGACACUGAUAUCACGAAUAGGUUCAAACAAAAAAAAAAGGUCCCAAUCAAUGUAUGUAGGGACAUAGGGGUUUUUUUUUCUCGAGCAGACAACAAUCAUAUUUUAGGUCAACAUGCUGUAUCUGUAUCGGUAUAUUUAUAUUAAUAUAUUAUGUUGACACUUCAUUUAGACCAACUUGUCUCCUGAUAAAAAUAAUGUAUGAAACACUCAGUAGGUACUCUACGCGUAUCUGCGGACAUACGCAAGUUGACAAACAUGUCCUUAAUAUGUUAUAUUUCAUUAAUACUUGCAACUUUAGUUAAUUUUUGUGUGCAGGUAUUACAUUCCAAAUAUUCCUACAUAUCUGUACAUAUAACAAGAAACUGUAAUUACUUAUGUUACGAGAACGAAUAUAAUUGUCCUAUAACCUUCUUACAGGAUUGCCCACGUGAAGUAUCAAAAAGUGGUAUUAAAAUCACCUGGCCUCCGAGUUCACUCGCAGAAAACGUCACAUCCAGACCGCUGUGCUUCAGACAAGAACGCCUUAUAACAAGGAACUGCAAUGGAACUCAUUGGGAACCAAGCCUACAACAGAUGCAGGCGUGUCAACAAAUAGUCAACUAUUUUGACUUUUCAAAAUGUCCUCCGGGGCAUCACCAGAUUUCAGAGAAUAGUGGUUACUGUUAUCAAAUCAACAAACCAUCGGCUUGGAAUUAUCCUUGUUAUAAAAGUGGAAAAACUACCGUAAUAACGGAUUUAGAUGGUAGCGAAAUUAUAUCUUUAUUAACAACAUUGAAUGCGACUAAGGAUAAAUACUUUUGGCUCCCGGCUCAAAGGUCCAAACUAUUUAAUCCAGUUGUCUGGCAUGUUCCUGGUCCAAAUUGGGGACGAAUUGUGGAAACUAGCACUGAACAUAGCAUGUUAGAAAUGCGGGCUACUAUGUUGAAAAAUUGUUUGCUUCUCAACGUCGAACAGAGUGCUGUAAUAACUGAAACUUGUAGCAUGGAAUAUCCCAGUUUGUGUUUUUCCGUAAAUGAGUAUCGUUAUCCAUCGGGUUGUCCUGAUAGGUACUAUGGAUUCCAUUUUAUGCCAGAUGAUAGCACUUGUUACGGAAUCGAGGAAUCUGACGAUGAGACUGGCUUAACGUACGAUGAAUUUGUUACUACAAAAUCACCCAGGCCUUAA